AUGCAUCCUUCUCCCGAGGUUGAACAACCUAGUGGUAAGGGUGAUGAUUCCUUCAGUUCUGAAAAGGACUUGGCUGCUGAAGGGUUGCGCUCUCUAGGGCAAACCGUGUCUGAAAAAGGGAAAUUUGUGGCCUCUAAGACUGCUAAUGCUUCCCACUCUAAGAAGCAUGAUGAUGCAAACGUUGUGAUUGAUUUAGAGGAUGGUAGCUCUGAUGAUCAAGAGGAAAGCUUGAUUCAUCAUAUAAAGCCAAGUGUGGCUAAACGCAUGAAGACUCGCAAAGGAAAAUCUAUGGCUGAACUUAUGUCAGCUAGGAAAGCUAAGAAGACUGCUGAUGUCCCUGAUAUCUCGCCUGUAAAGAAAACUACUAUUAUGAAGUCUCCUAUUAAUGUACCUGUUCUUCAUUUGGAUAACAUCUUCUUCUAUCUUGAGGAUGGAGCUGCUAAGUGGAAAUUUGUGAUUCAGAGAAGGGUAGCUGUGGAAAGGGAAUUUGGAAAAAAUGCUGCUGAUGUCAAGGAGGUCAUGGAUCUGAUAAAAGCUGUUGGGCUUUUGAAGACUGUUAAUGGGUUCUCACAAUGCUCUGAAGGUUUAGUCAAGGAAUUUAUUGUUAAUAUUCCUGAGGAUAUUUCUGAUAAGAACAACAAGGAGUUCUACAAGGUGUAUGUGAGGGGCAGAAAUAAUGAGGGUGUAGGAGAAUUAGAAGUUACAGACAAUCAGAUCUGUAGGGAGAUUACAGCUAGGCAGGUGAAAGUUUUGCCUGUUAAAAAGCAUCUUCCUGCUGGGAAGUUGACUGUCAAGUAUGUUAUCCUGCAUAAAAUAGGAGCUGCUAACUGGGUCCCUACCAACCAUAUCUCCACCAUUGCUAAUACUCUUGGGAGGUUUAUUUUUGUUGUUGGGACAAAAGUGAAAUUUGACUACGGUAGAUUUAUGUUUGAUCAAAUCAUCAAGCAUGCAACUACUAAUGCAGUUAAACUGCCAAUUACUUUUCCCUCUAUGAUCUGUGGAAUUAUAUUGAACCAACAUCCUGGUAUUAUAUGCUCAAAUAAUUUACCUAGUAGGAGAAAACCAGCUCUGUCUGUGCACUACAAACUCUUUGAAGGCAGUCAUGUCGAGGAUAUUGUCAUGACAUCUGCCAUGAAGAGGCCAACCUCAAAAGUUGGAGCAAUUGUUGAGAUUAAGGAGACAUGCAAAGAUCUAGGUGAAAGGAUUAGGGCUAAGGGUGAAAAUGUUGAACAUGCUAAUGUCAGCCAUGAAGAAGAAGCUGAAGCCCACACCUCUAAUGAGAGGUCUGUUAACAAUGAUGACGCGAGUGGAAAUUCUACUUCUAGUGCUGAUGAAGAGGCUGUAAACUCAAGCUCUACUGAAAUUCUUACAGCUAUGUCUGUACUUGGUGAUGUAACUCUUUAUCUUCUGGGGGAGAAUUCUAGUGUUUAUUUGUUUGGUACAUGGGGAGAAUUCUUUGUGUUCUGUUUGUGUGAAGCAACGUGGUUGUUGCUUGUUGUGGACUGGCUUAAGGGGGAGUUGUUGUGUUCUAGGAAGUUGCAUGGACUUCAGGGAGAGUACAGGUUGGUUAAUAUGGUUGUGCAGGAUUUAUUCAAGAUGUCAGACCCGAUGUUACGACAUGUGCAUACAGAAAAUUCCGUCUAA